CGCUGCUGUUUUUGUUUCACGCUCUAGCAGUUAAUAAACAGAACUGCAUGCGUCUUGCGGAAGAACAUUGUAACCGGCGCUACUUCUCUCCGUUUAUGAAUAUGGACGAGUCACCCAGGUCCUGUGCUACUCCACAGCGGCGGCGACCCGCUGGACUAAAAUAGUCCGAAAAUAAACACUUAUUAUAGGUGUACCAUGGUGAUUCAGGAUACUGACUCCAGUACUCACCGAUAUGGUUUCGGAAUCGGAACAACUCUAGGUAAAAGGAAAGAAGUGUGAGACACAGUUUUGGAGCAACUUAGUUGAUUCACAACACUACAAAACGGGUUCUCCCUCUGCGUGUGUUUCGCGCUGGAUGACGGUCGUGCUGAGCGGUGCAGGUACAGAGGAGAAGUAGAAGAAGAGAAGAGGGGGGCACCAUUUGCUAAGGGUGAAAGGUGAUCCCACGGGCUCUCGUUUUGAGACUACGGCGACUGGAGCAUCUGUAGGCUGCACAAAAGUCUGGCAUCUUCUCCUAUAAAGCCAGCAAUUUCCUGUAUCAUAAUAUCACUCACCUUACAUCAGGUACCACAGAGCCCGCCAGAAAGCUUGCCUGUGACAAGAUGGCCGCCGGUGAUAACGUUAGAGACUCUGCCGUAAGACAUCUAGCCUUUAUUAUGUAUAUCUAUGGUUAGUCUGGCGCUGUCGUCCUCAGACUGUCAUGACGUGUGUUACAAAUCCUCAUGUUUCUGUGCUUCCCCUGUGACCUAGUUUUCCCCAUUCUGUUUCAUUAGUUCAUUUGAUUCACCUGUGUCUUAUUAUCUCUCUAAGUUCCCUUUGUUUGCUUCUUGUAUUUAAGCCCUGUGUUCAUCCUCAUUCCUUGUCCGUUUUCGUCCUUGUAUGGUUGUGUUAUUCCUACGUGUUAUCAUUAAAGCCUGUAUUCAUCUACUCUUCUUUGUUUCGCCUGGUGUUUGAGACCUACUGUAACAGAAGAACGGACCUAUACCGAAAUGGAUUUACCGGCUGUCCAGCUGCUAUACAUCGACCAGGAGCAGCAGUCCCUCGAGACCCACACCCAAAGGUUUUUAGAUCUGGCGUGCCUUACCUACAUCCCGGACGCAACGCUGAGUGUUUUUUUCUACAUAAGCCUCAGCGCGAAAGCAAGAGCUCGUCUGCCUGGUGUGGGUCCUCGGGGGAAUUUUGCCGAGUACGUGGAGUGGGUGCUGGUGAACUGUGAUUCUCCAUUUACCAUCGACAUCGCUGAUAAAGUCACCAGCCCCGCUCCCCAUCCAGAGUUCAGCCUGCCUUCACCCAGCGACACGGACAACAAGCCAGAGCCCACUGCAGAUGGAGGUAAUCAGCCUGCCGCGAGAAACGAGCCGGAGCUGACAAGUGGGACCGAGCUUCACAUCGCCUCAGAACUGGGGUCAACGUGGGCCAACGUGGGAGUCCUCGUGGAGUUCGAGGGGAUGGAGUGGAGCCCCGCCCACAUUCCCACCACAGAGGGUGAGCAAGCGCUGGACAAUUUGUUUUCUUUUUACGACGACUGUAUUGUAGAGGAGGAUUCCCUGAGUCUCCUUUCCCCGCUGGUUCCAUCCCGCCCAGAACUGUCCGUCUCCCCGCUGGUUCUGUCCAGCCCAGAACUGUCCGUCUCCCCGCUGGUUCCGUCCAGCCUAGAACUGUCCGUCUCCCCGCUGGUUCCGUCCAGCCCUGUGUCUCCGGUGUUCCCUCCCAACCUCCCUCUCCCGCCUCCUCUCCUGCUGCCGUUCAGUUCCUCUGCCCAGUCGCCGCUGUCUCACGCUGGCACCUCAGUUUCUCCUUUACCAGCCCUCUGUGGUGUGGAUCCACCUCGGGCCAGCCGUUCAACAGCGCCGUCUGGAUGCCUGGACCCCUUAGCUCCGCCUCUUGCCUCCGAUCCAGUCUCUCCACCUCGGCUCGUCGUCCAGACUCCUCCGCCAUGGCUCCUUCCCCCCUCGGCUCCGCCUGGGACCAUCGGCCAUUCGGCUACACCGGGCUCCCUCGAACCUCCGGCUACACCUUGGUCAGACGUCGCCACGCCUUCGCCACGGACUUACAAGUCGUCUGCUGCGCGACGCCUCUCCACCCCUACGGCUCCGUCUGGCUCCGCCCUCCCUCCGGUUCCGCCUCAGUCCUCUGUCGCUCCAGUUCCACCUCAGACCUCUGGCACCCCGGCUCCUCCUCAAGGGGUCGUCGCCACGUCUCCCUCGUGGCCUCCGAAGCCUGCGGUGUCGUGCCUGGUCGUCGGCCAUCCAUCUGCGCUCUGGGCUCCUUCUCCAUCGGCUCCGUCUCCAUCAGUCAUCCCCACGGUUUCGUUGAGGAGGUUAACACCAUGGCUCCUCCCUCCCUCGACUCCGCCGUGGAUCAUUAUCCUGGCUGAACUCUGGAAUUUCCAUCUGCUCAUCCUGCUCCUGGUCUUCCCCUGGCUCCUCCCACCCUCCACGCCCCCUUGGACUGUGUUUUCUGUUCCCUGGACUCUUUUCUUGUUUUUUGUUUUACUCCGCCCUCCUCCAGAACCCCCACCCUCCCUCCUUAGUUGGACUCUUACGGCGCGAGGACGUGCCUAUCCGGGAGGGGGCGAACUGUUACAAAUCCUCAUGUUUCUGUGCUUCCCCUGUGACCUAGUUUUCCCCAUUCUAUUUCAUUAGUUCAUUUGAUUCACCUGUGUCUUAUUAUCUCUCUAAGUUCCCUUUGUUUGCUUCAUGUAUUUAAGCCCUGUGUUCAUCCUCAUUCCUUGUCCGUUCUCGUCCUUGUAUGGUUGUGUUAUUCCUACGUGUUAUCAUUAAAGCCUGUAUUCAUCUACUCUUCUUUGUUUCGCCUGGUAUUUGAGACCUACUGUGACAACGUGUGGUUCUGCGGUUCUGCAGUUGGUUAUUUUUGGAAUGAACCACCAGCAGCCGCCGCCAGGUAUCAGUAACUCAAAUAAGAGCAGUCGAGCGGAACAUGAAUAGGCCUACAUUAGAUGCCUCAUCGUGGUUUCACUUUGUAUUCACUGGACCGUCCGUAAUGUGUGUGGCAAUGUGAGAGAACUCAGUGUGAGAACAAUUACCGGAAGAACUUGAAGUCAUUUCAAGAAGGCCUAGAUGAACAGAGCUCUACUUGCAUACAUUAUAACAGAGUUUAAUAUUUUACAAUGGAUCUUGUUUUCUCUUUCUUCAUGUAUUUCUGUGUAGUUUUGUCUCCUCCUCCCCCCCCUUCUUGAAGUGCUAAUGACUGUUUAACAGGAAGUGUAUGUUUUAGCACACAGCACUGUUAAAACAGUCCAUUAAUGUGACAGUAUGGGGUCCAGUGCACUGCCUCUCAUACUCUUGCUGAUGUCCCUCAUCCACUCUGGACUCACUGAAGAAAAUGGUUCUGAAUCCAUGCAGGAAACAACUUCUAAAAUGACUUCUGAACCCAAUCAACAAACAGAAUCUGGAAAUAUAGCUUCUGAAGAUUCACCCACACCUACACUGACUGUGACACCAAACACAACUGUAUUCACUGGAGAGAGAGUCAGUCUGAAGUGUGAGAUAAACUCUGAUCACAGUGACUGGAGAUAUGAGUGGUAUAAAGGCACAAACAGUGAAAUGUUAAAGGUUCCUCCUUACACUGUAAAUGGAGACACUCUCAGUAUUCAACAAAUUAAAACAUCUGAUCAGGAUCAGUACUGGUGUAAAGGAGAGAGAGAUGGAAAAUCAUCACAAUCAAACUCUGUUUCUCUCUCUGUGAUGGAUUUACCCACACCUACACUGACUGUGACACCAGACGGUCCUGUAUUCACUGGAGAGACAGUCAAUCUGAAGUGUGAAAUAAAGUCUAAUCACCGUAACUGGAGAUAUGAGUGGUAUAAAGGCAGUAAAGACAAUAAUGUGACGUUAAAGAAGCCUGAGCAUCACACUGGAGACACUCUCAGUAUUCAACAAACUGCUACAUCUGAUAAGGGUCAGUACUGGUGUAAAGGACUCAUAGAUGGAAGAUCAGUUUCAUCACAAUCAAGCUCUGCUGUUUCUCUCUCUGUGGAGGAUUUACCCACACCUACACUGACUGUGACACCAGACGGUCCUGUAUUCACUGGAGAGAGAGUCAAUCUGAAGUGUGAGAUAAACUCUGAUCACAGUAACUGGAGAUAUGAGUGGUAUAAAGGCAGUAAAAACAAUAAUGUGAUGUUAAAGAAGCCUGAGCAUCACACUGGAGACACUCUCAGUAUUCAACAAACUGCUACAUCUGAUAAGGGUCAGUACUGGUGUAAAGGACACAUAAAUGGAAGAUCAGUUUCAUCACAAUUAAGCUCUGCUGUUUCUCUCUCUGUGAAGGAUUUACCCACACCUACACUGACUGUGACACCAGACGGUCCUGUAUUCACUGGAGAGAGAGUCAAUCUGAAGUGUGAGAUAAACUCUGAUCACAGUAACUGGAGAUAUGAGUGGUAUAAAGGCAGUAAAAACAAUAAUGUGAUGUUAAAGAAGCCUGAGCAUCACACUGGAGACACUCUCAGUAUUCAACAAACUGCUACAUCUGAUAAGGGUCAGUACUGGUGUAAAGGACACAUAAAUGGAAGAUCAGUUUCAUCACAAUUAAGCUCUGCUGUUUCUCUCUCUGUGAAGGAUUUACCCACACCUACACUGACUGUGACACCAGACGGUCCUGUAUUCACUGGAGAGAGAGUCAAUCUGAAGUGUGAGAUAAACUCUGAUCACAGUAACUGGAGAUAUGAGUGGUAUAAAGGCAGUAAAAACAAUAAUGUGAUGUUAAAGAAGCCUGAGCAUCACACUGGAGACACUCUCAGUAUUCAACAAACUGCUACAUCUGAUAAGGGUCAGUACUGGUGUAAAGGACACAUAAAUGGAAGAUCAGUUUCAUCACAAUUAAGCUCUGCUGUUUCUCUCUCUGUGAAGGAUUUACCCACACCUACACUGACUGUGACACCAGACGGUCCUGUAUUCACUGGAGAGAGAGUCAAUCUGAAGUGUGAGAUAAACUCUGAUCACAGUAACUGGAGAUAUGAGUGGUAUAAAGGCAGUAAAAACAAUAAUGUGAUGUUAAAGAAGCCUGAGCAUCACACUGGAGACACUCUCAGUAUUCAACAAACUGCUACAUCUGAUAAGGGUCAGUACUGGUGUAAAGGACACAUAAAUGGAAGAUCAGUUUCAUCACAAUUAAGCUCUGCUGUUUCUCUCUCUGUGGAGGGUUUACCCACAUCUACACUGACUGUGACUCCAGACAAAUCUGUAUUCACUGGAGAGACAGUCAAUCUGAAGUGUGUGAUAAACUCUGAUCACAGUGACUGGAGAUAUGAGUGGUAUAAAGGCUACAGUGUGUUACAGACGUCUGUGCGUUACACUGUAAAUGGAGACACUCUCAGUAUUGUUGGAGCUGUUAAGUCUGAUCAGGGUCAGUACACGUGUAAAGGACACAUACAUGGAAGAUCAGUUUCAUCACGAUCAAGCUCUGUUUCUCUCUCUGUGAAGGAUAAACCGAAGCCAAAUCUGACUGUAAAGCCCCAGAGUUCAGUGUUCACUGGAGACACAGUUACUCUCAGUUGUGACGUGGGACAGUCAACUGGAUGGACGUUUCUCUGGAGGAAAGAUUCAAACCGUGAAUCCAUUGAUCAUUCAACUAAAACAAUCAGUUCUGUGAGAGUCUCUGAUGGAGGAACAUACCAGUGCAGAGCAGAGAGAGGAAAAUAUUACACAAAGCUCAGUGAUAAAAUUAAGAUAACAGUGAGAGAGAGACCCAAACCUGUAGUGCGUGUUCAGCCUGAUGUUCGUGUGUUCAGAGGAGAGACAGUCACUCUCACAUGUGACAUACAGGAGGCAGGAGUCUGGCGGUACAACUGGUAUAAAGAUCAUUACAGCACAGGACAAGACCAGAUCUAUAAAAUCACAUCUGUGGAUCAGUCUCAUGCUGGUGUGUACAGCUGUAGAGGAACCCAGACUGAAGCCCCACAGUACUCAGAGUUCAGUGAUGGAGUUACACUGACAGUAUCAGAUUUACCCACAUCUACACUGACUGUGACUCCAGACAGUCCUGUAUUCACUGGAGAGACAGUCAAUCUGAAGUGUGUGAUAAACUCUGAUCACAGUGACUGGAGAUAUGAGUGGAAUAAAGACUACAGUGUGUUACAGACAUCUGAGCGUUACACUGUAAACAGAGACACUCUCAGUAUUGUUGAAGCUGUUACAUCUGAUCAGGGUUGGUACUGGUGUAGAGGACAGAGAGAUGGAAGACCAAACUCAUCACAAUCAAGAUCUGUUUCUCUCUCUGUGUCAGUGACGGAUUCACCCACAUCUACACUGACUGUGACACCAGACAGAUCUGUGUUCACUGGAGAGACAGUCAAUCUGAAGUGUGUGAUAGAGACUUACAGUAACUGGAUCUGGAGAAAUGGUCUGACAUAUGACUGGAGAAAUGACUGGACACAUGACUGGACACAUAAGUGGAGAUAUGAGUGGUAUAAAGGCAGCAGAUAUAGUGUGUUACAGACGUCUGAGCGUCACACUGUAAAUGGAGACACUCUCACUAUCAGUGGAGCUACUGAGUCUUAUCAGGGUCAGUACUGGUGUAGAGGACAGAGAGGUGGAAGACCAAACUCAUCACAUUCAAGCUCUGUUUCUCUCUCUGUGAAGGGUCUAAAGCCAAAGCCUGAACUCACAUCAGAUCCUGCAGGAGCUGCACUGACAGGAAACACAGUGACUUUGACCUGUCGCAUGGAUCCGUCCACUGGAUACUGGGACUUUUACUGGUACAAACACACACUGAACCCUGAGACAGAGAAGAGAGAAACAAACUCCUACAGACUGAAGACUGAUUCAGUGUCUGAUGGAGGCCAUUACUGGUGUAGAGCUGGAAGAGGGAAACCAGUCUAUUACACAAACUACAGUGAUGCACUGUGGGUCAAUGUUACAGAGAGUCCUAAAGCUGUGCUGACGGUACGACCUGAUGAACGAGUGUUCAGAGGAGAAACAGUCACUCUCAGAUGUGAAAUAAAGUGGGGAGGAGACACUGAGUGGACAUACAGAUGGGAAAUAAAUGGAACCAACAACUUGAAUAUAAACUCUGCCAAUCGAUGUACAAAACAAGAGUGUGGCACCAGUGGAGUCAAUCAACAGAAACACAGAGAAGCUGUCAGUCUGUGCUCAACACAAGAGUUGAACAUCAGCAGUGUUGAUCACUUUCACAGCGGUAAAUACACCUGUACAGGACUGAUGAACACUCAAAGCUGUCAGCGCAGUGAUGCUGUUACACUGACUGUAUCAGCUGAAGCUCAGGCAGCAGUGCGAGUGUCUCCACAGCCGUGGCUGACUGAAGGAGAAUCAGUGACUCUGAUCUGUGAGGUUUCAGGCUCCUCUACAGGCUGGACGUUCAGCUGGUUCAGAGAUCAUGAUCAUCUGUCAGACAGCAGCAGAGGAGCUGGAGGAUCUUACAUUCUCAGUCCUGCUGCUCUACAGCACACAGGAGUUUAUACGUGCAGAGCAGAGAGAGGACGACCAGCCUAUUACACACGACACAGCAGCACACAGCCACUGUGGGUCACUGGUGUUUCUGCUUCAGUGUCUCUGGUCAUCAAUCCCAGCAGAAGUCAACACUUCUCAUCUGACUCUCUCUCUCUGAGCUGUGAGGAUCAGAGUAACUCUGCUGGAUGGACAGUGAGAAGAUACACAGACAAAGACACAAAAAAUUGUUCAACACAAACAGGAUCUGCAUGUGUAAUCGAGUCUCUCAGCACAUCUGACACUGGAGUGUACUGGUGUCAGUCUGAAUCUGGAGAGAAACGUCAUCCUCAAAACAUCACUGUACAUGAUGGUGAAGUGAUUCUGGUGAGUUCUGUUGAUCCUGUGAUUGAGGGAGAGACUCUGACUCUACACUGUUUACAUCGAUCUACAAACUCCUCGAUCCUCAGCGCUGAUUUCUAUAAAGACGGAUCACUGGUCCAGAAUCAGACGACAGGAGAGAUGAGCAUCACUACUGUCUCAAAGUCACAUGAGGGUUUCUACUACUGUAAAACAGAGAGAGGACAGUCACUCCACAGCUGGAUAUCAGUCAGAGCUCCUCAAUCAUCUUCUCUUCUGGUCAUUGGUGUGUCUGUAGGAUUGAGUUUUUUCUUGUUGUUCCUCGUCUCACUGGUUCUGCUGUGGAGACACAAAAACAACAAAGAUCAUCACCGUAACACUCAACACACAUCAGUACCAACUCGAUCUGGAGAUAUGGAAAACUCUCCUCUGCAGCCUGGUUCAGAUCACAUUUAUGAUGACGUGACUCCAAUGAAUAAGAGAGAUAAAGCAGGUUCUGAUCACAUUUAUAAUAAUGCGACUCCACUGAAUAAGAGAGACAAAGAGCCACUGGAAGACGUCACAUAUUCAGAGGUCUCUGUUAAGAAAAACAUACCUGUGGAUAAAGAUGAUACCACGGCAGAUCCAAAUAAUGUGAUGUACUCAGAAGUCGGAACAAAAGUAAAGAAAUUCAAAAGCAAAGAUAUUAAUACUGCAGGACCCAGUGAUUUGACUUACGCACAGAUCAAUAUACAGGACAAAAAGAAAAGCAAAGGCAAAGGCGCUGGACUUGGUGAUGUUUUGAUUGAAAUGAAAUCUAAGGAGAAAUACAAAGGGAAGAGCAGCGAGUCUGGAGACACUUUAUACUCUGAAUUGAACCACAACACAGAUAGAGGUGCUGAUGCUGAAGUCAGUGAUGCAACUUAUGCUCAAGUUUUAAAGAAGAAAGGUCACAAAAACAAAUAAAAUGUCCCAGAGAUCAGCAAAGAGAACAGAUGCCAGAAGAGAAACACCAGCAGAAGAAAUGAUUUCAUUCAAGUACAUGCUUGAAUGAAAGAGAAUUGCACUGUAUACUGUAUUAUCUGUAAAAAAAAAAAAAAAAACCUUAUGUAAGCAAAUAUAUCCAUGUAUAAUAUAUAGUAAAACAUUUUCUAGUGAGCAUUCAUGUUUAAUAUGUUACCUGUCUUAUCAAAUAUAGCCUGUGUUUUUGCAAAGAUUUUUCUUAUAGCAUAUACUGUUUUCUAAUUUUCAUUUUUUUUCAUACAUGUUUUUGCUGCAGUUAAUGAAGUGGGAGAUUUCUAUUUGAUAAAUAAAGACAUUUAAACAUUUUUAAUAAAGACAUUAAAUGAUU